AUGAGUAUUUACGAAUGGACAAUUGUUAUGGAAGGACCGGUGGACACCCCAUAUGAAGAAGGUCUCUUCAAAGCAGAACUCAUAUUCCCGAUUGAUUUUCCAAACAGACCACCUACAAUGCGCUUCAUUAGUCCAAUGUGGCAUCCAAAUAGUAGCACGAAUGGAUUGUGUCCUAAUGUAGUUUUUGCAAACGGUUGUGUUUGCAUAUCGAUUUUGCAUCCUCCAGGAACAGAUGAUCUAGACGUCCAAGAACCGGAGGACGAAAAAUGGCGCCCUAUUAUUAGUGUGGAGGCAAUUCUCCUCUCUGUGCAAAAUAUGCUAACAGAUCCCAACGAAAACUCUCCCGCAAAUUUAGAUGCGGCUGUUUUUCUUGAUUGA